GAUUUGAACUCAGGGUCUCAUGCUUAUUAGACUGGUACUCUUACUGCUUGAGCCACUCUGCCAGCUCUGCUACUGUCUUUUACUGCUGCCUCUGCUAUCACUACCACCACUGCUGCUUUGCCAUUACUGUCAUUGCUACUACUGCCUGGAUGAGGGCUGCACGGGCACCAUUGCCACAGCAUGGCCACUGAUGCCUCCAGGGCAGGGGUUCCCUUGGCUGCCAGUGCUGCCUCUGCUGCCAGGGUGGCUAUUACAGCCCCUUGCCACCACCACUGUCGCUUUUUUGUGUUACCAGAUCAGCUGCUCUACUAAUGAUGGACAUCAAACGUAGUCAAGAAAAGAGCACUUGAGAGAAGCCUUUAUUGGACCUAAUGUUGCACACCAGCGGGCAGCACAGGAGGGUGUUUUCUGACUGCCUCUUAAAAUUGGGUGCAGAGGCGGUUAAGCAACUUGGUCAGAAUAUCAGAACAGAUUUAUGAAAAUAUGCAUCCGUUUAAUACUGUCUUGGAAUUCAUGAGAUGGAAGCAUAGGUCAAAGCUGUUUGGAGAAAGUUGGAAGUCCAGUUUUAUCUAGCAACCUCCCUGAGGAGUCAGAAGAAAGCAAAGGGGGUGAAGUCAUUGCCUAGUGAUUGUGGCCUUCUACAAGAAAACAUCAUUUAGUAAAGUUAUUUAAAUUAGUGAAAUAACAGGACCAGUGUAUAGGAAACAUUAAAACGAUGACUCAGCCAUAUAUUUACAUCAGAUUAUUGGGAGCCUAUCUGUUCGUCAUUUCUCAUAUUCAAGGGCAGAAUCUAGACAGUAUGCUUCAUGGCACUGGGAUGAAAUCAGACUCCGACCAGAAGAAGUCAGAAAAUGGCGCGACCUUAGCACCAGAAGAUACCUUGCCUUUUUUAAAGUGCUAUUGCUCUGGACAUUGCCCAGAUGAUGCUAUUAAUAACACAUGCAUAACUAAUGGGCAUUGCUUUGCCAUUAUAGAAGAAGAUGACCAGGGAGAAACCACCUUAGCUUCUGGAUGUAUGAAAUAUGAAGGAUCAGAUUUUCAGUGCAAGGAUUCACCAAAAGCCCAGCUUCGCCGGACAAUAGAAUGUUGUCGGACCAAUUUAUGUAACCAGUAUUUACAACCUACACUGCCCCCUGUUGUCAUAGGUCCCUUUUUUGAUGGUAGCAUUCGAUGGCUGGUUGUACUCAUUUCCAUGGCUCUCUGCAUAAUUGCUAUGAUUAUCUUCUCCAGCUGCUUUUGUUACAAACAUUAUUGUAAGACCAUCUCAAGCAGACGUCGUUACAAUCGUGAUUUGGAGCAAGAUGAAGCAUUUAUUCCAGUAGGAGAAUCAUUAAAAGACCUUAUUGACCAGUCACAGAGUUCUGGUAGUGGAUCAGGACUACCUUUAUUGGUUCAGCGAACUAUUGCCAAACAGAUUCAGAUGGUUCGGCAAGUUGGUAAAGGCCGGUAUGGAGAAGUGUGGAUGGGAAAAUGGCGUGGUGAAAAAGUGGCAGUCAAAGUGUUUUUUACCACUGAAGAAGCUAGUUGGUUUCGAGAAACAGAAAUCUACCAAACAGUGCUAAUGCGCCAUGAAAAUAUACUUGGUUUUAUAGCAGCAGACAUUAAAGGGACAGGUUCCUGGACUCAGCUCUAUUUGAUUACUGACUACCAUGAAAAUGGAUCUCUCUAUGACUUCCUGAAAUGUGCCACAUUAGACACCAGAGCCCUGCUCAGGUUGGCCUAUUCAGCUGCCUGUGGUCUGUGCCACCUCCACACAGAAAUUUAUGGCACCCAAGGAAAACCUGCAAUUGCUCAUCGAGACCUAAAGAGCAAAAACAUCCUUAUCAAGAAAAAUGGAAGUUGCUGUAUUGCUGACCUGGGCCUUGCUGUUAAGUUCAACAGUGACACAAAUGAAGUUGAUGUGCCCUUGAAUACCAGGGUGGGCACCAAACGGUACAUGGCUCCUGAAGUGCUAGAUGAAAGCCUGAAUAAAAACCAUUUCCAGCCUUACAUAAUGGCAGACAUCUAUAGCUUUGGCCUGAUUAUUUGGGAAAUGGCUCGGCGUUGUAUCACAGGAGGGAUAGUGGAGGAGUACCAAUUGCCCUAUUACAACAUGGUGCCCAGUGAUCCAUCCUAUGAAGAUAUGCGUGAGGUUGUGUGUGUCAAACGUCUGCGGCCAAUCGUGUCUAACCGAUGGAACAGUGAUGAAUGUCUACGAGCAGUUUUGAAACUAAUGUCAGAAUGCUGGGCACACAAUCCAGCCUCCAGACUUACAGCACUGAGAAUCAAGAAGACGCUUGCCAAGAUGGUUGAAUCUCAAGAUGUAAAGAUUUGACAGUUAAACAAUCUUGAUGAGGAAUUCUAGACUGCAAGAACCAUUCGCACCCAAGGAAAGGGUGGUAUUAGCAUGGAAUAAGAAUGCCGACUUGGUUCUCAGACUCUUUCCUCACUACACCUUCAUAGGCUGCUAACUUUCAAUUUUUCAGUACUCUGUAGAAUACAAGCUGGGAACUUCUGAACACUUCAUUCUUUAUAUAUGGACAGCUUUAUUUUAAAUGUGGUUUCUGAUGCCUUUUUUAAAAUUGAGUUUGUAUGAACUGUAUCAAGACUCCAGUCAUGAUUAAUAAGUCUCCAGUCAAACUCUGGGUACUGAAUUGCCUGUUCAUAAAGCAGUGCUUUCUGUGAAAGCCUUCAGGAGAUAAAUGAGUUCAGCAGAGAUGGAGAAAUGUACACUUUUGCUUUCUGCCUGAGAAAAUUCAAUCUGUUUGUGUUUGCCUUUGUAAAAUAGCCUAUAGAUGAAGAUCUCUCUGGGAUACUGCUUAGUUAUAAAAGUUCAUCAUGCCUUCUUUGGUAAUGGUGUGUCGCAUACUCACACCAAGAUUCCUCUGCUGCCAUUGGGAUUAGAAGAAAAUAAUUUAUGAAUGCAUAGGAAGAUAUUGGUGCCUGGUGGGUUUUGUGCUUUAAAAAUGCAGUAUCUGACCAAGAUUCGCCAAUCAUAAAAGCCAUUUGCCUUGCAAGUGAGGUAGCUUCCCCACCAACUUUUUUUUUAACCUAAUAGUUACUAUAAAGGCCAAAAGAAGUUCAAAGUGUCCAUAAAUGUGGACUGUUUUCCUUCUACCACCAUCUUUAAUUACUGUUUUUGUCACGAAAAGCCUCCUAUCCAAAGUUGGAGCUUCCAAUGCCAUUGAACCAUGCUUUCAAAGAAACCACUUCUUACUGAAGUGAUUUACUGCAUUUGAUAGCAAUGUAAGUGCCUAUAAUCAUGUUCUGUAGUCUUUAUUCACAGUAACUUUUAAAAGGGAAGUUAUUUAUAUUUUGUGUGUAAUGUGCUUUAUUUGCAAAACCUGCUCCUUUACAGCCAUAUUUUAUAUAUGUACAUACAUUCAUAUAUGAAUAUAUAUAUUCAUAUAUACAUUCAUACUAUAGAAACCAACUCACAUGUACCUCACAUCUCAUCCUUAAGGGAAAAAAAUUUUAAAGUGGAACUACAUAUGAAUCUUCAGAAUUGAUACAUUCAAAGUAAUAUAUCAAAUCCAGGACUUUUUUAACUUAAAGCAAAAAUUUUAUUAAGAUAACGUCAUCUCAAUUUUCCUUUAUGGAGGAUUCUGUAAUUAGAAAUUUAUAUGUCAGAGCUGAUACGAGUUUAGUAAUGACUGUCAAAUAUGUUUUAGACAUUUAAAUCAUUUGAGAUGUUUGGGUUUAUGAUUUCUGGUCCCUAACUUGUAAAGACAGUGAAGAGUUCGGCAGAAACGUUUGGUAUCUAGUCAGUAUCUAUAUCUACACUGUAUAGCUAUUAUUCAAUAAAAUGGUACAUAUUUUAUAGAGGCCUUGUUAUCUCAAAGAUUAGUUCUGAUUUACCUAAACUUACUGUGCUUUUUAAUCUGUUCUGAGCAAACAACUUGUAAACAUCAAGUGAGAUAAAACAUGAAGUAACUGUGAUUAUAUCACAAUAUAGCCAAAAAAGAUUUAAAUUAAAUGGGAGGAUAUUAGAACAUGUGCCCAUCACCAAAAACUUGACUGUCAUUUCAGCUGAAACUUAACCCUAGUGUCUAUACAUCGUGUUUCACAAAUUUGAGACUUGACUCAACUGUUUGAUUUAAUAAGUUCAUCUAACAAAAUUAAAGUUUGAAGUGUUCAUCAAGAUAAGUGAAUUUUCAUAUUGAUAAUACUCAAUAACUUGCUUUUUCAGAAUGUUUUCCCCAUUGGUAUACUCAGAAAUACAGGUAUUUUCAUCAAAAUUUGAGAUGACUUACAAGAUCUGACUUACUCAGUCGUAAGUUAGCCUUGAUUUAUUUUUGACGUUACAACUAUAAAUCUUGAGUUAUGAGUCAUCUUAAAAAUAUGUAAGGAAAGGCAAACUUUCUUAGAAAAGAAAUGCUUUGUGAAGGCAAAAACGGGCAGUUAUUUAACCACUAUCACUUUUUUCUUAUUUAACUAGGUCUUGUAAAAGUGCUGUCAGGAAUCAAUCUUCUCAUUCUCUCUCUAGAGAUGGCCUGCUUUCAAUCUGUUGAAAGUAUAUUCCUUUCCUAAUAAACUAUGCUAUCACUUUCGUUAAAAAAAAGAACAGAAUAAAUCUUAGAAGUUUGUCAGAAAUGUUUUCUAGAGCUGGAGGUGUAGCUCAAGUGGUAGAGCACUUGCCUAGCAAGCAGGAGGCCCUGAGUUCAAACCCUAGAACUGCCAAAAAAGAAAUUCUACUCUAACAUGUUCUUUAAAAGGCAGAUAAUUCUGUAUUUGGAAUCCUAAAAUCAAAGAAGUUGCAUGAAACUUUCUUCUCUCUUCACUCUUAACUUUUAAAUUUGAAAUUCAUCCAAUAAAGAGAAAUAUUUAAAGAUUAUGUCAGACCAAUACAAAGAAGCAUUAUGUAGUUACUUAGUUGAUAAUGUAAAAAGCCCCUGAAAGCCAUGAUUUGGCCCCAUUUACAAUUUAGUGUUAUUAAAAUGUAUGGCUUCAGUCAUUCAUUCCUUUAAAUAGUUAAAAGAUGAGCAAACAAAAACAAAACUACCUGAAUACAAACACCAAAAGUUAACCCUCAAAGAAAAUUAUCCUCAUGCAUUCUGUUCACAUUGGUAAAUAAUUUGUAGGAUUAAAAAUAUAUUAAAAUCUGCUUGAGUGUACUUAUUCUAAGCUUUAUCUGUGAAUAAGUUUCUGAGUGUAAAAUAUGAAUCUGGCUUCUCUGAAAACAUUUUUACAAAAAUAUUUUUUGGGUGGUGGUAUUGGGGGUUUGAACUCAGUGCUUCAUGCUCUUCUAGCCACUCCACCAGCCCCAAAAGAUACUUUAAGUAACAUUUUGUGCUGCAUUCCCAAUGUCUAGAAGCAAUUCUAAACUUAAAAUGAUUUUUGGUUUUUGUAAAUCAUUGUCCUGGAAUGUGCCAGAGUUUUUUAUUCACUCUAGCAAUAUUCGGUACCUUUUUUUUUUUUUUCCCAGAAGCUUUUUUCUAUUUAGAGCAAAAAUACAAUAAAAUAAAAAAUGAGGGCUGGAGGUGUGCCCCAAGUGGUGGAUGGAGUGCUUGCAGUGCAAGCAAGGAGGCCCUGAGUUCAAACCCCAGAACCAUAAAAAAAAUAAAGAUGCAUCUCCGAAUUGACUCAGCAUCUGAUUUGACAUUAAGUAAUUCCAAGGAAAAUUUCAUUAACUAAAACUUGCUUCUUUUCAUGUAUAUCGUUUGGAAAUAUUUCUAAAGGGACUGACAAUGUGGCUCAAGUGGUAGAGCAUCUGCCUAGCAAGCACAGGCUCAGGGUGCAAAUGCCA